CGGCCAGUUGGGCUCCUCCCGCCGCCGCCGCCGCCGCCUCUUUCUCCUGUUCACCCCGAGCCCCCUCAAGCUCUGAGCUUUAACAUUGGAUCUCCCCCCCACAUGCCCAGAGCCAAGUAGAUCCCCACCAGCGCGCGAAUCCCGAGGCGGACCCCCCGGCCAUGGCGUCCGUGGCGGAGCUCAAGGAGCGGCACGCGGCGGCGACGGCCUCGGUGAACUCCCUGCGGGAGAGGCUCCGCCAGCGGCGGCAGACGCUCCUCGACACUGACGUGGAGAAGUACUCCAAGGCGCAGGGCCGGACGGCGGUGAGCUUCAACCAGACGGAUCUGGUCUGCUGCCGCACGCUGCAGGGACACAGCGGAAAGGUAUAUUCUCUGGAUUGGACUCCUGAAAAGAACUGGAUAGUCAGUGCCUCACAAGAUGGAAGACUAAUUGUAUGGAAUGCUUUAACAAGUCAGAAAACACAUGCCAUAAAGCUACACUGUCCAUGGGUGAUGACAUGUGCUUUUGCACCCAAUGGUCAAUCUGUUGCCUGUGGUGGUCUUGAUAGUGCAUGCUCUAUAUUUAAUCUUAACUCACAAGUGGACAGGGAUGGGAACAUGCCAGUAUCAAGAGUACUUACUGGACACAAAGGCUAUGUUUCGUCUUGUCAGUAUGUCCCAGAUCAGGAAACCCGCAUGAUUACAGGCUCAGGUGACCAAACGUGUGUCCUGUGGGAUGUUACUACUGGCCAAAGGAUAUCCAUUUUUGGGGGUGAAUUUCCAUCAGGCCAUACAGCUGAUGUGUUGAGUCUGUCCAUCAACUCGUUAAACACAAAUAUGUUUGUCUCGGGUUCAUGUGAUACAACUGUAAGGCUAUGGGAUCUCAGAAUUGCAAGCCGGGCAGUUCGAACAUAUCAUGGACACGAGGGUGACAUUAACAGUGUUAAGUUUUUCCCUGAUGGUCAAAGGUUUGGUACUGGUUCAGAUGAUGGUACCUGCAGAUUAUUUGACAUGAGAACAGGGCAUCAACUUCAAGUGUACAGUCGGGAGCCAGAUAGAAAUGAUAAUGAACUCCCUACAGUUACAUCUAUCGCAUUCUCCAUAUCAGGAAGACUUCUCUUUGCUGGUUACUCUAAUGGUGACUGUUAUGUGUGGGACACACUUCUUGCUGAGGUAGUGCUUAAUUUGGGAACUCUCCAAAAUUCCCAUGAAGGUCGUAUAAGCUGCCUUGGGCUGUCAUCUGAUGGGAGUGCAUUGUGUACAGGAAGUUGGGACAAAAAUUUGAAGAUUUGGGCUUUCAGUGGACACCGCAAAAUAGUCUGAAGCCCACUGUUCUUGUCUCCAUGUUGUGUGGUCAACUCAGCAGGUUCCUGAAGAUGAAGUUGUUGGUUUUGUAGCAUAGAAUCUUUCUGUAUCAUACCUUAUGUCCAAUGGAAAAUACAGUUUAUCGGCUGAGACUGCACGCUGUGAUGUUGUUGUUACAUGGUCAAGCCAGCGUACUGUUUAUAGAGUUACUAGAAAUCAGCACCCAUGUGAUCUUUUCCUGCCUUUUCUCUGUAACAGUUAUUUCAGCUGUAGAAAAACACUACCUUGACAUGUCUAAUUUAAAACUCAGCUGUCAAUUUGUUCGUUUC